GGCAGUGGUGGGCAUUGGUGGUGGUGGGCAGCGGCUGAGGGACGUCGCGGUGAGCCCCAGGACCGCGUCCCACCAUGAGACGGGCAGCGGGGCUCAGCCCGGAGGUGGGGAAGCGAAGCAGCCGCCGGAUGCACCCAGGGGACCCCCGUCACCCCGAAGCCGCCGCGAGCCGACGGCCGAGCCCGCCUGUCCCACCGGAGAGCCGGGGCUGCCGGCCUCCGCCAGCCCGAGCCAGGCGGGUCGUCUUCGAGGACGAGGUGAUGCCAUCGGGGAGACCCUCAGGGAGGGUCCCCACUGCCGAGGAGGGCAAGAAGCCGGGGGCCAGGUCCGUCCCCCCUGGGCUGGCACCCCGGCCACGUGCUGUCCCAGACUACGUCGUAAAGUACCCGGCGAUCCGGAGCCCCCGGCAGCGGGAGGGCUACAAGGGCGUCUUCCAGGACCAGCUGGCGGAAUACACGGAGCUGCUCGGGGAGGUCCGCACCGCACGGCGGAGGCUCGGGGAGACGGAGGCGGCGAUGGGCCGGCUGCCCCGGCACGCCACGAGCAGGACGGAUGGGAGCAAGGUGGCCCACGUCUGGCAUGAAUAUGUGAGGAAGAAGAGGGAUUCGGCCUUCCUGGAGAAGCAGCAGCGCUGCGAAUACCUGAAGAAGAAGCUGACGCACAUCAAGGCACGGAUCCAGGAGUACGACCGCGACGCCCGGCACAGCGCUGUCUAUUUCUGAGCCUGUGCACCGGCCGGUACCGACGCUGUGGGACGAUGACCCUGGGGGAGACCCCAGGGGCUGGGUGCUGGGGAGGGGGGUGGCGAUGCUGCGGGGAUGCACCCGGCGCCCACCCAGCCAUUGCACCCACCCGGGCACGGAGAACAAACCCGUGGGCUCCUCGUGCCGCUGAUUUUGGGGUCCUCUGGGUGCUCCGUGUCCCGGGGAGCCUCGUGGGUCUGGGGUCCCCUGGGAGCUGCCCUGGGCGCUGGGUGGGUGCUGCCUGUCCCCGCGUGGGAGCCAAGCUCUGGCUGUGCCCCCACGUUACCCCAUGUGAACUGGGGGGGGCACCCACCCCGGGGCAGUGGAUGCUACUGCCGCAGAAGUGGCCAGAACUGGUU